CACAGUGGCACCAAAUCACUUCUACCCCAAACUGCAUCCAUUAGGAAGACCUUGAGAAAAAGCAAAACCCACUUGAAUUUCUUACAAAAACCCCCCAAAAAGCUCGACGCUGCAACAAGCAAACUCUGUUCCGUGCAUCUCCAAUGGCUUCCCCUCUCAGGUAUGGGAAAUCAAGAAAAGAAAAUAAUGGACCAGAGCCUAUAAAUCCUCAGCAAGCCAUUCUGGCUGUGGCACCACUCAAUAGUGUGCCAUACAUUGGUCCGCCUACACCACAUAGCUAUACUGCAUCGUCACCAACUAAAAGGUACACUGAGACUUUGGAAAAAGUUGCCACCAGAGUUGGGGUUGCAUUGACUGGGAGUGCAGCUAUGGGAAAGAUUGGACCAGUUAUAGGACUAAUGGACAUCGGUGAAUCCAAAGAUUCUUACUUUUUUCGUGUCUCCCUGCCAGGGGUAGCAAGGGAUGAGAGUAAGUUUCAUUCACAUGAUGGUUUCCGUUGUGAUGUUGAACCUGAUGGAAAAGUAGUAAUAAAGGGAGUAACGACGACUGGUGAAAAAAUAGUAUGCAAAAACUCCCAAAUCUUUCAGAUGCACACUCAAAACCUGUGCCCACCGGGGCACUUCUCUAUCUCAUUCCAGCUGCCAGGUCCAGUUGACCAGCAACAAUUUUCUGGUUCUUUUGGAGUUGAUGGGAUUUUGGAAGGUAUUGUGAAGAAAUGGUGACGAACAUGCCUUACAUUUUUGGUGAGCAUGGACUGAUUUAAUUUUAGUUGAGAGCUUAACAAGGACAGGACGAGCUUUAGAAAGAAUGUGGUUCAGAGUGCCAUUUACCUGCGACUUUGCAGAUAUAUGUUCCUAGAUAGAGGUGAAUGACAAUGCGAUUUGUGCAGCAUUUUGAGACCCUGUUUAGUUAAGUCAAGUCUAUGCUAUAUUUCUGAUAAAUUUUAGAAUUAGUAAGUGUUGCUACUUUUAGGAAAUACUCAAUUCUCUUGUAGACCCAUUCGUAAGAAUUUAGUCUUGGUAUUUGUGAAAACAUGUUCAAUUCUAAAAUCAAAGGUAUGGAAAGUUGAUGGUUACUUUUCUUUCACCCAUUGCACCCAAAAC